ACACCUGUCUUCGUCUGUUUUUCUGUGAAUUUCAACUAUAUAUAUAUAAAUAUAUAAAGCACGGUUUCAAUUUUAAUUGAAAUCAUAUUACUUCACUUAGGACACUAAUGAUGAUAACAAAAGGGGUAUGAACACCACGGCAUGGCAUUUCUUGAUAGAUCGCGAAACCUUGUGCCUUUCUGAGAAAUCGAUAUGCAAGGGAAAUAAUUAUGUCAACACUUGUUAAUCUUGCAAGUUACUCUACUUGUUCUGUCUGCAAUUUGUCUGCAUCACCGAGAGUCCGUGUGACGCAUACUUAAAAAUAUAUUUAUAUACAUAUCUAUAUAGAUAUAUUUUCUGUUUUAUGUAUGAAAAACGAAUUACCAAAAAGGAUAUAUUACCAGCUAAUAUGGUACAAUUAAAAAUAUUCCACUCCUGACAGACUUGAAAGAAACAGAAAUACCUCAUCAGAAUGGAGAAGAUGGAAACGUAUCAUUAAUAAAUUAUUGAAAGUUGGCAAAAAGCACUAAAAAUUCCAAAAUGACAUUCACCUGGAAAUGGCAAGAUUUAUGUGGAAAGGGAAAGAAUUUUACUGAGUGGCGAGCUGGGGAUUUUGGCUAUUGCUUUGAACAACUAGCAAUCAUCUGUCCAACUCAUCUCAUUCUUGCAAUCUGCAGUGUUUAUUUUGCAGCUGCAGCUCAAGACAAUAAUCGCAAUCUUGGAGAAAUUCUCUCACCGCCAUGGUUUCUAAUCUUACGUGUUUUGGUCACUGUAUUGCUAAUGAUCAUUCCAAUAACUGGAGUUACUCUUUCUACAUUAUUAAAUUACCAGAAGCUAAGUAUCAUGGAUGGUGUUACAGAAUGCAUCAUUGCUUUCACUUGGUUGACUAAUUUGGUUUUCUUGUGGUAUCUCCGAGAAGUAUAUUGGCUGAGCUUACGUGGACCAGUCAUAAUGAAUUUGGCUGUCUUACUUACGCUUGCAUCUCGUAUUAUUCAGACUCGUAGUGUGGCACUGCAUCAUCUGAUUCAUCCAAAUUUAAAUAAUCCAAUUGAGGAGUAUACAGUGUAUAUAUCAUUAGCAUUUCAUUGCUUGUAUCUUGUUUCAAUUUUGCCCUCAAGGCGGCGUGAAGAUAUACCUGGCCAGUCUUUCCUCAUUAAUUAUGAUCCCUUAGAGACUGAACCUCUAAUUUCAGAUCAUGUUAAUAAUUAUGGUGGUAUACAAGUUGAUCAUAGACAAGUAGAAAUUGCAGAAGAUGGAUCCAGUUGUUUUUCCCGUUUAUCCUUCCAUUGGGUACAACCUAUGAUGCGGCGUGGAACAAGAAGUAAAAUUGCUUCUGUAGGAGACUUACAUCAUCUACCUCGACGUCUUCGAACACACACAAUUGUACAGAAUUUUAGUAACAGUUUAAUUCAAUACAUACUAAGCAAAGGAAGAGCUCAAAGUCAAACAGAUCCUUUCUGGGAUAACAAUGAGGAAUCUAUCAAUAGUUUUUCUGCAUCACCUUCCAUUGCUAUUCAAGAUCCAUCUUCUCAAAAUUGUGGAAAACAUUCUCUCUUUAAAACUUUAUUCAAAGAAUAUGGUAAUGAAUAUGUUCUUAUAGGCAUCUUGAAAAUCUUUACAGACAUUUUAAGUUUUUCUGGUCCAAUUCUUCUCAACUACCUUAUUUCUUUUAUGGAAAACAGUAAGACCAAAGAAUCUGAUGGAAUAUUUUAUGCUUGCACACUUUUUCUCACUUCUUUGAUUGGAUCAUUCUGUUCCUCGCAAUUCACAUAUCGUAUACAAGUACUUCAGUUCAAAGUUCGAGCUGCUAUUAUAACUACAUUAUACAAAAAAGUUUUGUCUGUAAACAAUGUUCUGAUGUCUGAAUUUUCUGCUGGGAAGAUUGUUAAUUUUAUGAGUACUGAUACUGAUCGGAUUGUUAAUUUUUGUGUAAGUUUUCACCAAUUAUGGAGCUUACCCUUAAAAGUUGCCAUAGCUCUGUUCCUUCUCUAUCAGCAAAUUGGACUUUCUUUUUUAGCUGGUUUAACAUUCACACUUGUAAUUAUUCCAGUUAACCGAUGGUUAGCAUUUAAAAUCCAAGAUAUUAGCAAGCUUAAUAUGUUGCAGAAAGAUGCUCGUGUUAAAGUCAUUAAUGAACUGUUGUAUGGUAUACGGAUGGUAAAAUUUUAUGCUUGGGAAAAAUAUUUCUUUGAAAAAAUCAACUCUCUGCGACAAGAUGAAUUAAACAGCUUGAAAGCAAGAAAAUAUUUGGAUGCUUGUUGUGCCUUUUUUUGGGCCACAACACCUGUCAUGAUUUCAGUACUGACAUUUGUUACAUAUAUCUUGCUUGGAAAGGAACUCACAGCUGCAAAGGUGUUCACAUCUCUGUCUCUGUUUGUAAUGUUAAUUGCACCCUUAAAUGCUUUCCCUUGGGUUGUAAACGGAGUUAUGGAAGCAGCAGUGUCACUUCAGCGAGUCCAACAAUUUGUUGAUGUGAAGAAUAUUGACUAUGAACACUACUAUUCAUUAUAUAAAUCAAAUGAGCCUACAUCUGAUGAUUGUUUUAGUAUCCAGGAUGGCUGUUUUGCUUGGAAGCCCCCUGAACCAGUGGCUGACUCAAGUGACAGCUUAACAGAUUCCUUUGAACAUCAGCCUGCAGUAUUGAAUCUCACUGAUAUUAAUUUAGACAUAAAAAAGGGGAUGUUUGUUGGAGUAAUUGGUAAAGUUGGUUCAGGCAAAAGCUCCUUAUUGUAUGCUAUCCUAGGGGAGAUGUCAAAGAUAAAAGGAGACAUACAAGUGAUUAGUGCCUUAAUUAACGAUGGGUUUGCUUUUGCACCUCAAGAACCUUGGAUACAGAAUGAUACCAUCAAGGCAAAUAUUUUGUUUGGACAAACUGAAAACAUGAAAAAGUAUGACCAAGUGAUCUCAGCAUGUGCUUUAGAUGCAGACUUGACGAUGCUUCCCCAUGGAGACAGAACUGAAGUAGGUGAGAAUGGUACUACCUUGAGUGGAGGUCAGAAAGCACGUAUUUCAUUGGCUAGAGCAUUGUAUCAAGAUAAAGAAACCUAUCUUUUAGAUGAUCCACUUUCAGCUGUAGAUGCCCAUGUUGCUCAACAUCUCUAUAAAAAAUGCAUCAUGGGUAUUUUAAGCAAUAAAACUUGUAUAUUGUGUACUCACCACAUCAAGUAUUUACAAGAUGCAGAUCUGAUUGUUGUGAUGAAGGAAGGCGCAAUUGUGCGAUCAGGACCCCCAGGUGAAAUUCUUGAAAACUUUUCUAUGAAUCUAGCUGACUUUACACCAAAGAAUAGGGAUGAGCUAGAAGAUAUUUCAGGGGAAAAGGAUGACUUUGUUGCUCCUUCAAAAUUGGUUGGAGCAGAAGAAAAGGAGACAGGAUCUGUUAGAAUAUCUGUUUAUAAAACAUACUGGAAAGCUAUUGGCACUUCCCUCUCCAUAAUUAUUUUAUUGUCUCUUUUAUUCAUGCAAGCUUCAAGGAACAUUACAGAUUGGUGGUUGUCAUACUGGGUUAGUCAUUCUCAUGAGCAGGGUCAACAGAGUACUAAUGGAUGGGCAAACAUUAUAAUUGACCAAUCCAACCAGUCUAUGACUAAUAUCACGAAUGGCAAAGAUAACCUGAAUUUCUAUCUUGGUAUUUAUGGUGGGCUGGCUGCUGGCAACUCUUUAUUUGCACUAUGCCGUGCUUUUUCUUUUGCUUAUGGUGGUAUAAAUGCAGCAAAAGUUAUACAUGAAAACCUAUUAAGAACGAUAUUGAAGGCACCAACUUCCUUUUUUGAUGUGACACCAAUCGGACGUAUUCUCAACCGGUUUUCAUCUGAUACAUUCUCAGUUGAUGAUAGCUUGCCAUUUGUGUUGAACCUCCUUUUGGCUAAUGUUUAUAGCCUACUUGGUACAUUAGUAAUAAUCUGCUAUGGUUUGCCAUGGUUCUGUGUUCUUCUUGUACCUCUUGGUUUUCUCUAUUAUUUUAUUCAGCAAUAUUAUCGUUACACAUCCCGAGAAAUAAAGCGAAUUUCCAGUAUUACCCAGUCACAUAUCUAUGCUCAGUUCUCAGAAACAGUAUCAGGAUUAUCAGUAAUUCGAGCAUUCAGAGAAAGUUUCAGAUUCCAAGAAGAUAAUUUAUGUAAACUUGAUGAUAACCAAAGAGCGCAGUUUGCUGACAUGACCGUUUCUUGCUGGCUAGACUUUAGAUUACAAAUGAUAGGUGUAGCUAUUAUUUCUGGUGUAGCUAUCAUUGCUGUUAUUGAGCAUCAUUUUCAAACUUCUAAUGUGGUUCUAGUUGGAUUAGCCCUAACUUAUGCCCUGUCCAUCACACAGCUUCUCAAUGGUGUUGUUAAAUUUUUCACUGAGACUGAAAAAAUGAUGGUUAGUGUAGAACGAGCACAACAAUAUAUUGAGAGAAUCCCUCAUGAACGAGAAAUUGGUCUCAAUAUGCCUGCUUCAUCUUGGCCACAAAAAGGUUGCAUUGUUUUUCGGCGUGUACAAUUGCAAUAUAGACCAGGGUUACCAAAUGCUUUAGUAGAUGUCUCUUUUGAAACUCGAGCUGGUGAAAAAAUCGGUAUUGUUGGCCGAACAGGUUCUGGAAAAUCUAGUCUGUUCUUAGCCAUUUUCCGCAUGGUAGAAUUAAAAAAAGGAGAAAUACUGGUUGAUGGUAUUAAUGUAGCUAGUGUUGAUUUAACUGUACUUAGGUCACGGCUUGCUAUUAUUCCUCAAGACCCCUUCCUUUUUGAGGGAUCUGUUCGUGAGAAUCUUGAUCCAUGUGGUAUCUGUGAUAAUGAUGAUGAACUCCUGCAAGCAUUAGAGCGGUGUUACUUGAGGGAAACUGUUGAAAAGCUUGGUGGUUUGGAUUUUAAAGUUAUUGAGCAUGGUCGCAACUUUUCAGUUGGUCAGCGUCAAUUAUUUUGCCUUGCUCGGGCAUUGUUAAGUAAAUCUAAGAUCCUCUGUAUUGAUGAAGCAACUGCCAAUGUUGACCACCAAACAGAUCAUCUGAUACAACAGACAAUUCGAUCAGAAUUUGUCAAUACUACCGUGAUGACUAUUGCACAUCGCAUUAACACUAUUAUGGACAGUGAUAGUAUUUUGGUUAUGGAUAACGGCCGGGUUGCAGAAUUUGCACCACCAUCUACUCUCCGUAACGAUCCAGAAUCGCUAUUCUACAGACUUGUCCAUACUGAUCGGUAGUUGAUUAAAAUUCUUGUGUACCAAAUUUGUAUUUAUCUAACAGAACUUGUACCAUUAUUUUUUAUCUGGCUUUCGGCUUUCUUUACCUUUACUUUCCUUUUACUAAAAUUUUCUUUUGUACAUUUUAAAAUCUAAUUGCAAAAUAAUUGUGAUAUCCCAGUUUUUAUUUUGUAUGCAUUUUUAAAUGUUUCAUUGUCUUGGCUAGCAUUCUUGUAUUAUUACGAGUAUUUUAGCUAUGAAGUGUUUUUAUGUUUGUCAUUUUUUUAAGUGUAAACUUCAGACUUUUAUUGUAAAGAAAACUACAUUCCAGAAAGAGCAAAUUAUUUUAUUACCCUCGACAUAUCUGCAGAUUCUUUCAAAACUUGUGAAAAUAAAUUCUUUUAAUUAGUUGG